AUGCAUAUCAAAGUCAGGCCACAGAUAGGUGAGGAUCCUGCUAUUCAGGGCUCAAAGAAUGUAGAGUCUAGUGUUUGUCCUGAAAAUCCACACUCUUUCACCCUGGCGAGCCAAAGUCACUCCGGCCGCCGUGUCCGAGGCUGGCAGAGGCGCGCCGUGCUCACUUUGCACAACAUCUCCGAGCGCCGACUCCCAGUAGGCACUCCGGCCAGCCGCCUGCUUGUGAGCUCUAGGAGGGAGAACCAGCCUUUCAGCCACAUCAACGUUAUCAAGGCCGAAGACAUAGACGACGAACGGGCUAGCCACCAAUCUACCCACAAGCCUUAUGUUUCUUCCUCAUCGGGACCUUCACCCAAGUCUUCAAGCAAGAAUCUGAAUUCCGGCGAAACUGGCAGAAUGUCUAACCACGACUCUGGUUCUGAAGAGCAGAUUCGCCUCGCCGAGCUGGCAACAGCACGACUCGAGAGAGAGAGCAAGAGAAUAAUCGACAACGAUCCCACCAUACCUUUGAGCAAACUUGUUGACCCAAAGACAACACGAAACAGACUCUCCAGACACUGCCCAGACAUUGAUCACCCCGACUUGAGCGACGGUGACACAAGCCGCACCUCCAAAAAGGGGAGUCCGAUGGACGUCCACGCUAAAAUCUUCCAUCCUGGCUCGCGCGACAGCUCUGUCUCCCGUAGCCGCGAGCCACCUCGUGCGUCUUUUGCCAUGCUCAGCGCAGAUGAUGGAGACUUCCAACUCGUUACCAACAAGAAGACCAAACCCUCCUCUAGGCCUGCUGUCGGUCUCAAUGCGCAUGAAGUGAAAGUCGACGGCAAGUCAUCGGCUAUCGCUGUCUCUUUCAACAGGCAGGAGAUUAAUGAAGUUUUUGGCAACAAUCUACCUCCCCUUGCUUACUUCCAGGGCAAUGUUGGAAACAAAAACGGCCAAGUUGGUUUCGCUAUACAUCCCAACCGAGACAUCUCAGCUCAACAGUGGUCACAAUCUGGUUACCAGUGGUACAAUAUCGGUCAGUUCUCCAACUCACGCAGGCGUACUGAAGGCUCCCUGGCCUCGCAUCGACUCAAAGGCGAGAACGAGUUACACUCGCUCCUCCAGCAUAGUCUUUGCUAUUUCAGGGCAGUCGCAAAGCAGCAGGAGGCGGCCUCGAUGGACCUUCCAUUUGGCUUGAAGGAGUUACAGACUUAUAUGCCCAAGGUUCCGAUUGAACGCGCCGCACCAAAGGUGGUAGUUGGACCUUCGGCUGCCGACACCCCGACUAGAUCAGAACCUGUACACCAUCUCCCUGAGAAGAGAUAUCGGGCUCGUAUAUCAUCACUCGGACCAAAACUCGAGCCUUGGGCACAAGGUUACGACUCUCGUGCUCGCAGCAAGUACGAGUACUCAACUGCCCCUGUGGCACCAGCACCCAUCAACUUUUCGAUGCCUCGUGAAUUCAUACCUUCCGUUGCAGCUGCAAGUUCUAUGCUGAACAAGACAUCCAGCAGCCCACCUCAUAGCUUGACUACUCUGAACAACCUGUCUUUCGGGGCGUUUUCUACAGAUAGAGCUUACGGUCCUAAUAGCAACAACUCCGUACUCUCCAAUCCCGAGGAACCUGCUUCGACGCGUCCGAGUACGAAUGAGUUCAGCCAAUACUUGAGCUCGUUUCUUCCAAAGGUUGCGCCACAAACGGUUACUUCACAGCUCCAGUCGUCUGUUCCUAACCUGAACUUCUCUACCUUCCUCGAGAAAACACAGCCACAAACUGCUUCGCCUGGUCAAGCAGCCGCAUCAACACAGCGUAGCUUCACAAAAGCGAAUCUUGAGAAGAUAUUCAGUGCUGCUUCAUCUCGCAACAUCAACAAUGGUACAAGCACUCGAACUGUCCUCCACGACCCAUUUCAGAGCCAGUCUCCCUCGAUACCAGCAAUGACCAAGCAAGAGUCAAAUGUGAAGCACCAUGACUUCACCUGGUCAAGCACUCCGAUCGGUGAGGGUACUUCGAGCUUUGUCGGACAGGCAGCCUCUUCGACAAGCAGUGAUGAUGAUGUUCCAUUCGACCCUCGUGACAGCGAGCCCGACUACGCACCCGACACUAGAACGAUGGAGAUUGUUGACAUGAACCUACCACAUAUGACGACCGAGGAGCUCGCCAUCUACUCGAGACCAAGCCCUCAAAACUUCAAUGGCCCGUUCUUCAUGGGUAGCCCUGACGUUCCGAGCGAAGCCAGCAGAAAGAGCCACGAGCAGGAGCUUCACGAUUGGUUUUACAGUGGUCUCUCGAUCGCCGAGCGUCAGAAUGAACAUCUCAAGUAUAUCAAGACUGCACACAAUCAGAAACCUAGCAUUUCGCAGCCUGUGGCCAACCCUGGACCCAUCGGAACUCCUCCUGUCUGCUCAAUGUCAAGCAAGAAUCGGGAAUCAGAGCCAUUCAAUGAGUAUACUCAAGGCCCUCUCGAACAGCGUCGCGGAUAUCUGGCUCCGUUUUGUGAUCCUCCAGAAUGGUGCAUUGACAAGAGCGCGAACGGCAACAACAGCUUCUUUGGCGAGGAUUGGAGUCAACCUCCAGAGCGCAUCAGUAGAGACGCGCGCUACAGACCUCUACCAUCUGAGAGCAAGUUUGGUGUCUACGAUGGACGUGGUGCUGGUGCUUCUGGAUUUCGCCCUUCUGAAGGAAGGCACAGAGUCGGCUCGAACUUGAAGUACUAA